UACGGCUUUCUUACACUUCAAAAACCGACUUUUAUUUUUAUUCUGUAGUCUGAAGUGUAUGUAUUGGUUGCAUUAUUUCUUUCAAUGUCUCCAUUUAGUCGCGGUUUUGUUCCCUCUUUUAUGAAACUCCUAACCCGCUAUCCGUGUCGCAGUACUCGGGGGUCGCUGUGUCGUUUCUCCGGUUAUGCGGCACAGCAGCAGCGGCAGCAGGAGCAGCAGCAGCAGCGGGGUCCCGGAGCUCCUCUGGCCGCCUCAGUGGACGCGCACGGCGGCGUGACAGUGCGCCACCUGCCCGCUGACGUCACCGAAGCUGCGUUCAGCGAGCUGCUGCGUGAGUCUGUGUGUGUGUGGCGCUCUGAGGGCCGCGUGGCUGUCUGGCUGCGUGUUCCUCUCUGUCGGAGUCGUCUAGCCGAGGCGGCAGCGCUACAGGGUUUUACCUUCCACCAUGCGGUUCGGGACGAGGCCGUGCUCAGCCUGUGGAUGGGGGACGGAGAGAGCCGCCUGCCCAACUAUGCAACACACCAGGUCGGAGUUGCAGGUGCUGUUGUGAACCAGUCUAAUGGAAAGGUCCUUGUCGUUCAAGACAAGAACAGGGCUAAGAAUAUGUGGAAGUUUCCUGGUGGAUUGUCAAAUCCAAGUGAAAAUAUUGGCGACACUGCAGUCCGCGAAGUUUUUGAGGAAACUGGCAUCCGAUCUGAAUUCCGAUCUCUCCUGAGUAUCCGUCAGCAGCACCACCACCCCGGAGCGUUUGGGAAUUCGGAUAUGUAUCUGAUCUGCCGUCUCGCCCCAGUAACCUACGAGAUUAACUUCUGCAAGCACGAGUGUUUACGUUGCGAGUGGAUGGAUUUGGCAGAAUUGACCAAAAUUAGUGACGCUACGCCCAUAACGAGCCGCAUCGCCAAACUGCUUCUGUACGGACUAGAGAACGGAUUCGACAACAUCGAUCUAAGCAUGGAGGAGUUGCCUGCCGUGUACACCGGAUUAGUCUAUCAGAUUUAUCACAGGAAACUUCCUGAGCGGUAUAAAUAAAUCUCACAGUGUGCUGAAGAUGUAAUACAACGCCUGUUUUCCUAGAGGCCUUGUUUACGAGAAGAAUAAAAUCAAUAGCCAUUUCUCACAUUUAAAUAUCAAUUCAAAGCAAUAAAUUUAUGUUUUUCAACAAAAAGAUGGGAAAAGGACCAAAUAGAAUUUCAUUAGAACACAGUGACUGAAAAGAUGAAUAAUAUUAGAUGUCUUUUCUUUUGUUUUUUUGAGCUAAGAGCAUUAUUUUUGGCUGUAGAUAGCUCUUACCUAACAUACAGUAUACACCAAACACAUAUUACAGUUACAUUAUAUUAAACUCAUUUUAGUAAUAUUUGCUCUUUUUCCCUCUCAAGCAAGCAUUUGUUUUGUUAUAUUUAUCCAAUAUGUGCAUUUUCUUUUAGGCGGUAAUGGCCAAAACGGGGAAAACGUAUGAAUGAACAAAUUGGUAGAGUAAUUAAAUAUUUAGACAACAGCGCUUUUAAAUGUUCAAUUCUGAUUGGUCAGAAGGUGUUGAUUUCACUGCUAUAACAGCAGCUCUGACAGUAUGUCCAGCUGUACGUCAAAUCACGUGAAUUUACAUUAAUGUGCUCUAAUACAUUAUUGUAUCUGUAGCAAGAACUAAUUCAAAGGGACUUAUACCUCAAAUAAUUAUUUAUAUAUCAUUAUAUAUAUAUAUAUAUAUAUAUAUAUAUAUAUAUAUAUAUAUAUAUAUAUAUAUAUA